GUUCGUGCCCUAAUGACACUACAUUUUACGCAUUCAUUGCUGCAUAAAAGUUGAGAAAAAUUGAUAAAAACUAAAAUUUGAGCGGUUUCCUGUUGACUCAGCAGUACAACAAGCGAAAAGAGAAAACUCAGUAAUCACAUUAAUCUGAAAACUUACUCACAGCAAUAUGGAUUUCGGUGACGAUUUUGCAAGCAAAGAGGAAGUUGAUCCAGCAGCAGAAUUUCUGGCACGUGAGCAAUCUGUGCUGGGAGAAUUGGAAGCGGAAAUCACAGGCGGCUCUGCCACGACUGCUCCUGCGCCUGUGACAGCAGCUGAUGAUAUUCUGCUCAGUGGUGGAGGUGCAGAACUGGGGAGCGAGCUAGCGGCAAAUGUUGGGGGCGGUCUUGAAUCAUCGACCGGCAGCUUCGAAGUCAUUGGCGGCGAGUCCAAUGAACCUAUUGGCAUUUCUGGUCCGGAGCCGUCUCGUGAAGAGCCUGAGAAAAUAAAGAAAUGGCGCGAGGAACAGAAGCAGCGACUUGAGCAGAAGGAUAUCGAGGAGGAGCGAAAAAAAGAGGAGCUUCGUCAACAGGCGAAAAAAGAGCUCGAUGACUGGCUGCGCCAGAUUGAAGAGUCCAUUGCUAAGACUAAACUAUCAUCGCGUAAUGCUGAAAAACAGGCUGCUUCGCUGGAAAACGGUGCUAUCGAGCCAGGCACUGAAUGGGAGCGCAUUGCAAAGCUGUGCGAUUUCAAUCCCAAGGUGAACAAAUCGGGCAAAGACGUCUCACGUAUGCGCUCGAUUUACCUGCAUCUCAAGCAGAAUCCAAUACAACUGCAGAAAAACGCCUAAGGCCUGGCAGGCACACCUCUAUUAGUGUUAAUUAAUCGCCUAAAUCAUUUUUGAGUUGAAUAUCAAAUUUAUUAUUGAAAAGUAUUCGCUGUAUAUUCCAAUUGUAUUACAUACAUACUUUAUAUUAUUGCUGAUGCAAAGUUCUAUGCGAACAUUGUUUAUAUAUAAUGACUGCAAUAAAGAAUUAUAAAUGCAACAGCCA